CACCUGUGUCCAAUCAGGUCAGGUGCACACCUGUGUCCAAUCAGGUCAGGCCUUAAAAGGAGCGGCGAGGCAGCAGCUGUAGUGAGGAUGAGGAGCAACAUGAGGUCACAGGUGCUACUGCUUCUGCUGCUGCUGAAACAUGUCACAGCGUCUGACAGCCGCAGAACGUCUGAGCGUCUUGCGGGUCUCCGAGGUUCCGCUCGGUCUGGACCUCCUGGUUCUUGGCACCCUGCAGGUGUCUUCCAGGACCUGCAGCCUGCUCUGGACGCUGGAGGUCCUCGUCAGUCCUCUGCUGGCCGUGUAGGUGGUUACCGUCCUGCAGGAAGUGCCUCUUUAUAUGGUGGUGCAGGAAGUAGCCCCUUAUAUGGUCGAUCAGGAAGUUUACCCUAUGAAGGUGGUGCAGGAAGUGCCCCCCCAUAUGGUGGUGCAGGAAGUGCCCCCCCAUAUGGUGGUGCAGGAAGUGCACCCCCAUAUGGUCGAGCAGGAAGUCUUCCCUAUAGAAGCCAAGCAGAAAUCGCACCCUUAUAUGGUCGAGCAGGAAGUCUUCCCUAUAAAAGCCAAGCAGAAAGCGCACCCUUAUAUGGUCGAGCAGGAAGUCUUCCCUAUAAAAGCCAAGCAGAAAGUGCACCCUUAUAUGGUCGAGCAGGAAGUGCACCCCUAUAUGGUCGAGCAGGAAACUUACCCUUUGAAAGACAAGCAGGAAGUGCACCCUCAUAUGGUCAAGCAGGAAGUGCUCCUUUAUAUGGUCAAGCAGGAAGUUCUGACUAUGAAAGUCAAGCAGGAAGUGUUCCCUUAUAUGGUCGUGCUGCAGCACAGCUUCCCCCAAAGGUCAGCUCGGCCCCGCAGCAGCAGCAGCGAGGACCCAGGUUGGGCGCCAAGUCGUCCCCUCGACGCCAACAGGAAGCGGUGGUGGUUUCCAGCGGCGGGAUCCAGAUGGUGGCCGCUGCGCCGGCGCCACCCGGGAACAGAGCCGAGCCGCUGCAGAACUCUGAGCGAGUGCCGCCAGCAGGGUGGCCCUCCAGGUACCGGCCCAGACCACUUGGGGAGUCCGCAGACGCGUGGAAGAGGUCCGGCCAAGUCCGAGGCUCCUGGUUGUCAUAGCGACACCUGCCAGGCGACUUUGGUCUCAAGUCUUCACCUUUUUUAAAACCUCAAAUAAAAAAAAAUUCAGAUUGA